AUGCGUUUACGUUCGGUGAUUCCCUUUGUGACAGCAUUCGCUCCUUUGGUGGGGGCUGCCUCAAUCGUAGAGAGAAAGCACGCUGCCAGAGAUGCCACGUCUACAUCAGCUGUGACAGGAUAUGUGAAGACUUCAGGCCAGAACUUUGUACUGGAUGGAGAAACAUUCACGGUAGUGGGUGCGAACUCAUACUGGGUUGGCCUCACAGGGCUCACCACGAGUGAAAUGGACCAAACCUUUUCUGACAUCGCAGCAGUAGGCGCCACCGCGGUCAGGACAUGGGGCUUCAAUGAUGUGACUACACCAAGCGGUGACUACUACCAGCUCUGGACCAAUGGUACUGCGACAGUGAACUACGGUCCUACCGGACUAGAGAACUUCGAUAAUGUCGUUGCGGCCGCUAAAGCAUACGGUAUCAGACUGAUAGUCACUCUCACUAAUAACUGGGACAAUUAUGGUGGAAUGGAUGUUUAUGUCAGCGAACUAACUGGGACAGACUACCAUGAUUACUUCUACUCUGACCCUGUAGUCAUCGCUGCUUAUAAAACCUACGUUAACGCGUUCGUUAGUCGCUACAUUGACGAGCCUGGUAUCCUCGCUUGGGAGCUCGCCAACGAGCCGCGAUGCGCGGGCAGUACAGGCGUUACCUCAGGCAACUGCACCGCUCCCUUGAUUACCAGUUGGAUUGCGGAAAUGUCAGCUUAUAUCCACUCGAUUGAUUCCAACCACCUUGUCGGCAUUGGAGACGAAGGCUUCUUCGAUGACCCGAGUAGCACCGACUACCCGUACCAGGGUGGAGAAGGCAUUAAUUUCACAGCCAACCUCGCUGUACCCACUAUUGACUUUGGAACCGCACACUUAUAUCCUCUCAGCUGGGGUGAGACCGAGGACCCCAUCGAAUGGGGCGUUGAGUGGAUCGAGAAUCAUGCCACUGCGCAGAAGGCUCAGAAUAAGCCCGUCUUGUUGGAGGAAUUUGGCAUAACGAGCAACAAGACUGAGACGUACGAAGCGUGGUACUCAGCAAUCGUUAGUUCUGGUUUGACUGGAGAUCUCAUCUGGCAAGCCGGCUCCUACCUUGCAAGCGGACCCACACCGAACGAUGGUUACACGGUAUAUCCCAACGACACUGUAUACGGUCUUGAGGCCUAUGCUGCUGGACAACUGAAGGCAAGAAACGCUGCAUGA